AUGUCUGACGACGGAAAUGAAUAUGGAAGGGCUCCUAUAACUGGUUAUAGUGCGGAUGAUACCCAACAUAUGACCGAAGAAGCAAUUGAACGUGUAGCUGACUCUGCCGCAUACAUGGCUUCCGGUAUUGGAAAGACAACCGGUACCGUAUUAUCUGCUAGCAAUCGCGCGAAAGAUACUGCCGUUGAAAAAGGAAUGAAUGUUCUAUAUCACCCGAAAGAAUACCUUGAUGUGAUUAAAAGAGGUGCAACAUACAUUUGGGUUAAUUUCCCACCUCUUAGUUGGUUUGGUUAUGGAGCUGCUGCUCUCAAUGCGGUUCCGCUUACUAUUUUAUUGGGAUUCUUGUUUUGUACGAUUGUUAUGGUACUCGGAAUAGCAGGAUGUGGCAUAUUCUUGGCUGAAUCCUUUUUCAUUGGACUUGGAUUACUUUUCCUUUUACCUGUUCUUGGAGUCAUGACCUUUGCUGGGCUCACUACAGCUUUUUUCUCCGUGUUUGGAUAUUUUAGUUACCGUUCCGUAUUGUUCGUUCUUCGUGGUCUUGGUGUAUUGAGUGAAGAAAUUAUGAUUGAUACAAAAGGUGUUUUACAAGGACUAAAAGAAAAAGUUCCAGACGAAUUUAGAAGAGUUAGUCGUGAAGCUAAAAAUAAAGAAAUAGAAAAACUUGAAGCAUCUGAAAAACAACAAAUAAGAAAAGAGUAA